CAGAUCCCUUCUACGACGCACGAGACCGGACACAGCGAUGCAGACAGCCACUAUGUACCGCGUCCGAAGCGCAUUGCCUGCGUACUUUGUCGGAGGCGAAAGCUGAGAUGCGACGGGAAGCGACCCAGCUGCGGCACUUGCUCCCGUCUCGGCCAUGAAUGCGUUUUCGACGAAGUUCGCAAGAAAAGCGGGCCCAAACGAGGUUAUGUGAAACAGUUGGAAGCGCGAUUGGCGCAAGUCGAGAACCUGUUGAAGAAUCAGAAGACAAAUCCACCACUAGACCAAGGGAGUGGCUUCCCCGGCGCAGUCACAAACCACUCAACCGAUAUCUCCGAGAUCCUUUCUAUCAUUAAUGAAUCGAGCGAGUUUCAGCAACACCAUGAUCGAGUCUCCGACCCGUUCCCCGCUCAGGCGUUCCAGCAAGCUGGCCCGACCAACUCCCCGGACUAUGGCAUGGAGAUGAUAAGUCUUGGCCUGGAGGAGCCUCUUCCGAGUCAAGAGAUUAUUGAUGAGCUAAAUGAGAUAUACUUCGAGAAAAUCCAUCCUGGGAUUCCCAUACUACAUCGUCCUAGGCUACUGGCGGCCAUGAGCCUUGGCCCCAGCACACGACCUCCGUUGUGCUUGCAAUAUAUUAUUUGGAGUCACGCGGCAUCCAUCAGCGACAAAUACUCCAGCUUGCAUUCGGUAUUCUACGAGCGAGCCCGCAAAUACGCCGAGGCGGACGAACUGAAAGGGCUGGGUGAACAUGCGGUGUCUUUAGGUCACUGUCAGGCUUGGGUGCUCAUCUGUACCUACGAGUUCAAGAUGAUGUUCUUCCCUCGAGCGUGGUUGAGUUCUGGGAAAGCCGCAAGGCUGGCUAUCAUGAUUGGGUUGAAUCGGGUCGAUGGGGAAGGUAUCGAUGUGAAGCAAACAUUGACUGCUGCAAAAGACUGGAAUGAAAAAGAGGAGCGACGGCGGGUAUUUUGGAUGGCGUAUUGUGCCGACCGGUUUGCGAGCAUUGGCACUGGGUGGCCUGUCGUUUUCGACGACAGAGAUGUUUUGACUAACUUACCAGCCUCUGAAGAGGCUUUUCUCAAGAAUCAGCCCCAAGACACAGUUUCUCUAGAAGCUGCGCACGCGGGAGAGGGCAUGCCUACCCUGUCUGCUUUCGGGGGCGUGGCCUUCAUGGCCAGCAUCUUUGGCAAGAACCUUGCCCACCUUCAUCGGCCUAAUCCACACGAUGACGAUCACGACCUCAAUGGAGUCUAUUGGCAGCGACACAGGUCCCAUGACAACAUUUUGCUCCAUUUCUCUCUCACCAUGCCUUCUCAUCUGCGAUUAUCCGUUGGGACAACCGACCCUAACGUCAUCUUCUGUAACAUGGCCAUCCACACGGCCACCAUCUGUCUCCACCAGGCGGCCAUCUUCAAAGCGGAAAAGAACAAGAUGCCAGGGCCCAUUGCCACCGAAAGCAAGAGAAGAUGUAUCUUGGCUGCGGAGCAGAUCUCGAACAUCUUGAGGUUGAGCAGCCAUGUCGAUCCCAGCAAGAUGAAUGUCCUCACACCCUUUUGCGUUUACGUUGCGGCACGCGUCUUUGUACAAUACCUGAAAUUCCGGCCCGACGACUCGGCCGCCCGUUCAUCCUUACAAUUCGUCUUCUCCGCACUUCACCUACUGAAGACCAAGAACCCGCUUGCGGAAUCGUUUAUCUUUCAGCUGGAUCUCGAU